GGAAGAGUUUAAACGUCACUUCCUGUUGCAACGGAAUAAAGAUGUCGCCGACCUUAUUUAAUUUUCUCGACGCUAAAGACAAAUUUACAGUAAGAAAUCGAUUCUUUUAUUACUUACACUUCAACUCUUACUCCACAUAGCAUAUUUUAAGCAUGUUUUACCGGUUAGCGGUCUUCUGCAUGCUUUAGCUCUCUCGUGUUUAUAUCAAUGGCAGAUGCUAGCUAAGCUAACAGGAACAUUAUCUUUCGUGUUAUUGCUCGUUAAACUCUCUCUCUUUCUCUUUGUUUCUCUCUCCCUCUCUUUCUCUCUAAAAGACGUCUGCCAGACAUGCUCUAGCUGGGAAAACCGGCAAACAUUUGGUGAACGCUUUCAAUCAGAUUCCUGGAAAGUAAGUGUGUUAGCUCCCUUUCAAUAAUGUGAUACUAAUUUGUGUAUUUGAGUUUAAUAUUUAAUGCUUUGUGUUGGCUAUCACAUACAUUUGAUAUUCAUACUCAGAGGGUUCAAAGUUGGCCAGAGUUAAAGUAUUACUUGUACAGCACAAGAUAAUGUGAUAGUGAUAUGAAUGAAUUUGCUACCAAAUCACUAACUCUUUGUUUUUAUUGAUCCUGCUGUGUUACAGUGAGACUGAGAAGAAAACCACUCUUGAUCAGGCUCUGCGGAGUGUUCUUGGUGAUCAAAUUGUAAGUGAACCAGCAUUUACUAAUGUUUACCAACUAAUCUGUCCAUUAAAAUCUGAAAUUCUUGUUUUGUUCAUGCAGGUGGAGCAGAAAACAAGCUGUGAUGAUUACUUAUCCCUCAUCUACUUGAGUAUUGAUGCAGUAACAGAAGGUAUGUUGUUCAACAUGCCAUACCGUAUUUUCAUAAUUCUCUAAAGAUCUUUAACUUUAUUGCACAAAUUACUUUACCUGUGCACUAUUUUAGCUGAGCUCAGUUAAACCCACCAUCAGAGUAGGGGGCUAUACUACAAGGAAAAUUUGAUAUAUGUCUUGUACUGUGAGCAUGUUCACAUAGAGGGAACAGUGUUUGUUAUAUUCAACUAAUCACAGACAUGAAGGAGUUCACUGACACAGAGCAAAGUGUGGUAUUAAUGGAAUGAGGAAUGUAAACACAUAAUUCAGAGUAAAAUAUUCCCGGCAGACAGAGCUGUCAGAUUAAAAACAUAUCUAUAUAUAUAUGUACAGAGUGACUGAGCAACAUUGAAUUCAUAACAUUACUUUCCCAUCAUUAGUGUGCAUAAGAUCCAACAGCAACAACUCCCACUGAUUCUCUGAAACUUUUUCGCUUCUAGGCAAAAACAGAGUGUAUCAGUUCAGUCCCAUGUGGAGAAACUAAGUGUUAACUUUCCAACAUACUGUUUACUUCACCACUGUAGUCCUGUGUAAGUCUUUCGAGUGAUUAUUUGAUCUCACAAAAAGCACAAACCUUUUAUGUUCUGUUCCGCUCUGUUCAUGCAGGUAUCUGUUCUGCUACAACCCCUUUCGUUCUUUUGGGAGACGUACUGGACUGCCUUCCUCUUGAUCAGUGUGACAAAAUAUUCACCUUUGUCGAGGAGAAUGUUUCUACCUGGAAAUCGGUGAAUAAGCUACAUCGUCUCAAAGAGAGCAGCACAUUUGUAAAAGUAGCACACCAUAGAUCUUUUCAUCACUGUGUAUGUACUCUCCUUUCACUCAGAACUCUUUUUACACUGCUGGGAAGAACUACUUGUUGAGGAUGUGUAAUGGUGAGUGCAAUAUUUUGCUGCUGAACCAACCUUUGUGCUUUAAAAAGCAAAGCUGUUUGUAACUCUACUCUCGAUUCGUGUAGAUCUUUUACGGAGGCUGUCCAAGUCACAAAACACUGUCUUCUGUGGACGGAUUCAGCUCUUCCUUGCUCGUCUCUUCCCUCUAUCUGAAAAAUCUGGUAAGUCUUUGGCAUUAUUCCUCAUAUUUAAUCACGUAAAGCAACCGUCUACAUAUUCUGCAGCUCUGUAUGUUUUGUCAUUUGUUUUUAUUUCAGGUCUCAACCUACAGAGCCAGUUUAAUCUGGACAACAUAACAGUCUUCAACAAAAAUGAACAAGAGAGCACUUUUGGCCAGAAGGUAAAAUGUUACAGUUGACUGAGUGAGCUUUAAAUUUCACCUGAAGGUUUUAAUUUAACCUUAUUUGAUGGCUCUUUGUAGCACACAGAAGAAAAGGAAGAUGGUAUGGAGGUAGAGGAGGGAGAAAUGGGAGAGGAUGAUGCUCCUGCACCUUGGUAAGUAAAAGUCAUGCUCCGAGUCCCACUAUCAACUUUGUCCCUGAUGCUUUUGCAAAGUUUGUGGAGUCUAAAUUCAAUUUUACUUUCAGUUCCAUUCCAAUUGACUACAACUUGUAUAGAAAGUUCUGGACUCUGCAGGACUACUUCAGAAACCCUGUGCAGUGUUAUGAUAAAUUCUCCUGGAUGACAUUCUUGAAGGUAACUGAUCAGCAGAGAAAAUGCUGGACCCUUUCUGUCCAUUUCUCAAAAGCGAACACCAAAGUGGAGGCCAAAAACAUGGAUGACUCACCGUUAAUGUGUAUCUCCUCUUCAUGCUGUCCAGUACUCAGAUGAGACCUUGGCAGUCUUUAAAAGCUACAAGCUGGAUGAUAUGCAGGCAUCUAAGAGGAAACUGGAGGAGCUGAGAGCAUCUGGAGGAGAGCACGUCUACUUCGCAAAGUUUCUAACAAGUGAAAAGGUAAAAAAAAAGUCAAGGUUAGUAUAAUUCUAUCCAAUUUGAGACUGGAGGAGCAACAGUCAGAUGUUCCUUUCAUAACAGUAAAGCUACAGGUCAAAAAAGACAUAAAAAUGAGGGAUUGAUGCAGCACAUUGUGUCCUAAAACGGUAGAGAAGUUACAUUGAAUGUUGAAUAUCAGCUGUGACACUAUACUGAACAAUCAAAGGUAGAUUUUUCUUUGGUUUACGUCCCCAGUCGUUCACUUCAAAACCCCUUUUAUUUAAAUGGAUAUAAAAAGUCUACACACCCCUGUUCAACUGCCAGGUUUUUGUGAUGUAAGAAAAUGACAACAAUAUAAAUAUUUUCACAACUUUUUCCACCUUUAAUGUGACCUAUAACCUGUACAAUGCAAUUGAAAAACCGCUCCAAAUCUGACAGAUUGUGAGGGCAUCUCCUAUGCACAGCCCUCCUCAGAUCACCCCACAAAUGUUCGAUGGGAUUCAGGUCUGGGCUCCGGCUGGGCCAUUCCAAAGCCUCAGUCUUAUUCCGGUGAAGCCAUUCUUUUGUUGAUUUAGAUGUGUGCUUUGGGUCAUUGUCGUGCUGAAAGAUGAAGUUCCUCUUCAUCUUCAUCUUCAGCUUUCUAGCAGAAGGCCAAAGGUUUUGUGCCAACACUGACCGGUAUUUGGAACUGUUCAUAAUAUCCUCCACCCUGACUAAGGCUCCAGUUCCAGCUGAAGAAAAACAGCCCCAAAGCAUGAUGCUGCCACCACCAUGCUUCACUGUAGGUAUGGUGUUCUUUUGGUGAUGAGCUGUGUUGAUUUUGCACCAAAUAUACCUUUUGCAAUGAUUCCCAAAAAGUUCAACUUUGGUUUCAUCAGACCAUAACACAUUUUCCCACAUGUGUUUGGGAGAUUUCAGAUGCUGGGCUUUGAUGUUUUUCUUUAUAAGAUAAGGCGUCCAUCUUGCCACCCUACCCCAUAGCCCAGACAAGUGAAGAAGACUGGAGAUUGUUGUCACAUUUACUACACAGCCAGUACUUGCCAGAAAUUCCUGCAGCUCCUUCAGUGUUGCUGUCGGCCUCUUGGUAGCCUCCCUGACCAGUUUUUUUCUCGUCUGAUCAUCAAUUUUGGACCGACGUCCUGUUCUUGGGAAUGUCACCGUCGUGCCAUAUUUUCUCCACUUGAUGAUGACGGUCUUUACUGUGUUCCAUGGUAUAUCUAAUUCCUUGGAUAUCCUUGUGUAGCCCUCACCUGACUGAUAUCUUUGAAUAAUGAGAUCCCUCUGAUGCUUUGGAAGCUCUCUGCGGACCGUGGCUUGUGCUGGAAGAUGUGGCUACAAAAAUGUCAGGAAAAGCAACUAGAACAGCUGAACUUUAUUUGGGGUUGAUCAGAGGCACUUAAAUUGGUGACAGGUGUGUGCUGACUCCAAUUUAACCUGAGUUUGAAUGUUUUUGGUUAAAUCUGAACACAGCCACAUCCCCAGUUAUUAAAGGGUGUGCACACUUAUGCAACCACAUGAUCCCAGUUGUUUAUUUUUACUUCACCUCCCUGAAAGAUUUGUUUUUGUUUUUCAAUUGUGUUGUACAUGUUAUAGGUCACAUUAAAGGUGGAAGAAGUUGUGAAAUUAUUUAUCUUGAUUUAAUUAUUUUACAUGACAAAAACCUGGCAGUUGAACAGGGGUGUGUAGACUUUUUAUACCCACUGUAACUCUCUCCUUCUCAUCUCUUGUCUCACCUCUCAAACUUUUAGUGACCACAUUACACGUUCAACUAAAAUUGAUCUUUAACACUCGUUAAGUUUUGAAUUGAGGUCUUAAUGACAUGGGAUGUAAAAAUCAAAGCUAAUUGCCAAAUUCUGUCCACACACACGAAAUUAAAAAAAGUCUUAAGCUUAAUUUCUUGUUUCUUCUUCAUCUCCAGCUGAUGGACCUGCAGCUCAGCGACAGCAACUUCAGACGGCACAUUCUCCUGCAGUACCUCAUCCUUUUCCAGUACCUGAAGGGUCAGGUCAAAUUCAAAAGGUGAGGCAUAGAUCAGCUCAAAAAUCAAAACAAGCACAACAAAUAAACAGUUUUUUUGGGGGGAAGUUUAUAUCAUGAUAUGUUUUACCCUUGUGCAGCUCUAGUUGUCUUCUCAAUGAUGACCAGACGACUUGGAUUGAAGAGACAACAAAGAUGGUUUAUCAGGUCAGUCGUAAGCCACUCUAACAGUAUAACAUUUGUACGAGAAGCUACUAUAAUGCCUAAAGAAAAAAAAAUACUUUACAGUUUUCAUGCCUGUUUUGGUGUUCAAAUGUGGAUCAUAGCAGAUACUACCACAUUGAUAUCAGUGAUGCUAAUAUCUUUGUUCCCCCUGUAGCUGCUGAGGGAAAUUCCUCCUGAUGGGGACAAGUUUGCCACCAUGGUCGAGGUACGUCAUUUACUUUGAGAAAGGAAUACAAAAUCUAAUAUAAAGUUUGCCUGCCAAGGUUGUUGUUGGAGAUUUCUGUUGAUCUGUAACAUGAGAAACUCUCAUCUCCAACAGCAUAUCCUCAACACAGAGGAGAACUGGAAUAGCUGGAAAAAUGAGGGAUGCCCGAGCUUUGUGAAAGAAAGGUACGAGUGCCUGGUUCAAGAUGUGUUUUUGUUUAUAAUUAAAGACUGUGGUGUGUGUUUGUGUGAGCUGUGGCCAGAAUGUAAAAGCUGAUCUCACUUGUUUCCUUUUGUACAGGACAGUAGAUGACAAACCCAAACGACCAACCAGGAAGAGACAAGCUCCAGAAGACUUCCUUGGAAAAGGGCCAGACCGAAAACUUUUCAUGGGAAAGUAUGUGAUCUAAUCCAGGAGGGAGGAGUGACAGAGCGAUGCAGAUAUGAGAUCACAGAUUUUAACCCUGUGAUUGUCAGCUGAAGCUUAACUUGAUUCAACAUCAAGCUUUGGGGUUUGCCUCUGAAGUUCUCGCUGUCCUCUGCUUUCUUAGUGACGAGCUGACUCGACUGUGGAACCUGAACCAAGACAACAUGGAGGCUUGCAAGUCCGACAGCAGGUCAGUGGUUCAGCAGCUCCCAUCUACCACCAAUACCAAGCCUCUAACACAUGAUUUGUGUGAUUGAACUUCUGAUGUGUGUUAUUCAGGGAGUUUAUGCCAUCGCUUGAUGAAUUCUUCGCGGAGGCCAUUGAGCAGGCCGACCCCGUCAACAUGGUGGAAGACGAGUACAAGUAAGUUUGCACUGAGAUGUUUAUCAGAUCUUCUUAAGCCAAAUUCAUCACUGGCCUCUCAGACAAAACCUCCUCCAAGGUAUGUUGACUCUUUUUCUUCCUGUCAACUAACAGAGUCGUGCGGAAUCCAAACUACGGCUGGCGCGCCCUUAGGCUGCUGUCACGGAGAAGUCCACACUUCUUUCAGCCAACAAACCAAAAGUUUAAAAGCUUGGCAGACUACCUGGACAGCAUGGUCAGCAAGCUGGCCAAAGAACUGCCGGUGAGUUUUUUCUCUUUUUUCAAAAACGUGUCUUAUACGGCUGCUGGAAAAGCUUUAAACAAGUGUUGGUAUGAGGAAUUUAUUCCAUGCAUGCAGAAGGACAUCCCCUCUGAAGAGAUCAAGACAGGAGAAGAGGAUGAUGACGAUAACGGAGACAAUCUUCUCAAAGACAGCAACGACAGUGAGUCAAAGGAUUUCCUGAACCUAAACUUAAUGUGACAUACAACUUUCCUCUAAGUUAAACCUCUGUAUUUUUAGUUUCUGCUUUUAUUCACUCGCUCUCGUUGCUACCUCUUUCCAUUCUCCUCAGAUCAACAAUCUGUUUUUAUCCUCUUUUUCUUUCUUCCAGGUCCAAGCAUACAGAGCAAGCUGGUAACAAACAAUCAAAUGGAUGAUUUAGCAGCCAAACUGGGCGCUCAGUGGAAGACGCUGGCCUCCCAUUUGGAGAUGAAGGCUGCUGAUCUGCGAGAGAUUGAAACGGAUAGCGAAGACGUGGACAUGCAGGCCAAGCUGCUGCUGGUGGCCUGGCAGGAAAGAGAGGGACCACAAGCUACCGUGGAGAACCUGGUCGCAGCUCUGAAUGCUGCAGGGUUCUCCCAGUUCGCAGACAGCCUCAAUGAGGCUUAGAGCAGAUCAUUUGUUACAAAAAUAACCAGCUCCUCCGUCAAGUUGUUGCAUCCCUUUCAUACCAAAAACAACUGGAGGAAGAGUUUUUCUAUGUAGUUAAGAUUGAACGUCAAGUUUUUCACUGUCAAAAAUCCAAUAAAUGUUUUUCUUUUCUUAUAAAUCACUUUGAGAUCGUUUAUUUUGAACACACACAAACACAUUGAGGAAGCCCACAUUUUGGUAUAACAGUUUAUUUUCACCACCUAUGAAAAGCAAUCAGUCAAUAACUUAUUACAGAGUGGUGAUGUUAGGUCUUACACAUGGUGGCAGGGUGAUCAGGAGGCCGGCGAGGAGAAACAAAGCAUAGCAUUUUAAAAGUACAGAUGUCAAUGUCUGAAUCAGUGUCGGCAGGAACGAUAUUCAAGGCUUGUCGAGUAAACCAUCAUCACGGUCGAAUCUCAGGUCUUUAUUUAACUGUGCACAGUUCACCGCAAGUGCAACCUGUUCUGAAAUAGUUCCCCGCACACUUCCCCAAAAAGCAUCAGAUUUUCAAGAUCAAGAUUUGGCAGAAAGAAACCCCAUUUGAGAACAAUUCCAGGAGAUGAUGUGAGCCAAGCACUUAAGAAAAGACCUGAGAUUGAACCCGAACUUCCCAAGGGGCCAACAGGUGAAUAAGGGCGAGUCUUUACAGUGUCGAGUGAGAAUCUCCGUUAUACAUCUGAGAAGAUACGAGCCAGCGUCAAGGACGACAAGUUGGCUAGGCAUUUUUAUACAAGUUGAUUAAAUGAAUAAAGAGAAAUACUUAACUUUAAUGAUAUGAGCACCUUAUCAAAGGCUUUAAAAAAUAUACAAUGUGUAUAAAACAUUUAAUGAAACUGCAGAGCUAGACUUAAAAACCUCGUCUGAGGAUCCAGUCCAGAGAUUGCCUCUUGUCAUAUCUCCAUUUUCAAAGCCCACCGUGGUUGAAUAUUUAACACCAUUUGACAGAAUUUGUUUUACAAGCAUCUGUGUUGGUUACAAAAACAGAAAACAAAAAAUUAAGGUCAUCAAAUCUUUAAAGACACCAGUUUUAUUGCACAUCUAUGCAGACAGUGCUUGGAAAUGGCAAUUCGUACGUGUUUGAUGUUGUGUUUGUCUUCCGGGAGGUUCUUCCACAGCUACUGAUCCUCUUCAAGUAUUUCCAGUCUGCGGGGUCCGUACAGUAGAACGUACGCUAUAUGCCAGUCUCCGCCCCCGGACAGUCGCAGGAUAUCCUCUGGAGACACCACGCUCACCUUGUCAUCGUCGAACUUGAUCCAUUCAUCUGAGCGAGGCCGAGAGCAGAGGAAAGAGAAGAAACUAUCAGUUCCUGAACAUCUGUGUGCACUCGGCAUCGGGUUCCUGCAAGAUUUUGGUUGAUUUAUGACACAAGUUUGCGACUGCUUGAGAAACUGCCGUUACCUUCUUUCCUCUUGACCCAUCCCACGUAGUGACCUGAGGAGCUGGAGCGGCCUUGGUGUGUCAGCACAGCCUGCAGGUCAUAGUAGCCGCUGUUGUUGGAGCCCAAGUCUGAAGGAGUGACAGGAACACAACUUUAAAUCACUUAACAGGAAAGUCCAAUCCUGAUCGAACUGGACUGAAGUUGGACCUUAUAAAACUUUUAACAUUGUGUUCUUUUUCUCCUUAUGAGUUUGCAUUUUCAUUGUAUCUUAUUAUUACAUGUUUGAUUACAUUUAGUUCAGUAUUGAGAUUCAUAAGCAUCACAUAAAGCGCUUGAAACCCUUGCACUUUUCAAAGAGAGAGAUGUGCACAAAGCCAUGUUAAAACAUACCGUCAGGAAAUGAGAAGGGCUCAUAUUUCACUUCUUUUGCUGCGUCUGGCUUCUUCACCAUCUGCUGCAAUAGGAAAAAAAAGCUUUUAGCUGCAACACAGACAUUAAGAGUAACUGUGGCAUGCAGGUAUCAAUUACUGAGUGUAUUUGAAGAUGGACAAUACAUGUCCACCUACUCC